UACGCCAGCCGCUUCUUGCAACAGUCAAACGCCCGCCUCAGCUUCACUCAAGAUGACCACCGAAGUCGAUCGCGAAAUCCCCUCGACCGACGACGUCUUCCCGCCUCUCACUCUCGCUACGUCCAAAGACCCGGCAUGACCGCGCAUCCAUACCACAACCCCGCUGCAUCGCAAUCACGCUUUCCCUUUGCUUCGCGCUUAUCUCGACAGGAACAUCAGGCACCACUCUUCCACAGCGCGAUGGACGACUUCGAGGAACAGGACGCGGGCGAGGAGUAUGAGCGCGAGGUGGCAGACAUGCAUGCGCUGCAACGGAGCAGGCAGCACUUUGGUCCGAGCAACUUGACCGAGAGCUCAGAGCUGGAAGAUGAUGGCAUCGAAAAGCUAGACGACACGCAGAAGGGCCAGAAUCACGACAGAGAUGAAAGUUUACCCAGAGGAAGGAUACGCGGCCCACCACAAGCGGAAAGCGCUCCAGACUCGGAACCCAGCUCGAGAGGCAAAGGCCGACUGGUUGAUAUCAACCUCAACAGCACCAUCGACGAAGAGCCCCCGGAGUCGCUCGCCCAACUGUCUCCCUCCGAACCUCCAAAGCACGACGGCUUUUGGUCCAAUCUUUUCACUACAUCUCUAUGCGCCAUGUUUGCUGCGUUUGUGCUGACGUGGUUCCAAACGUCGACACCAAAGAGUCCUCUCGGCGACACCAUCUACACUGCUCUCCGGAGCAGCACAAGCAUGCUCCUAUGGGACAGCUUCAUUGCAGUCGUGGCCGCCUUGAUCUGGCUCAACCUGAUGCGAAACAACCCACGCGUCACGGUAUUUGCUAUGAUUGUGGCAGUGCCCGUCGUCUUGUUUGCCUUCACUCUGUACCCUUUGAUUAGCAGUUUCAAAGGUUCAUACCACGGAAACUCGAUCCAGGAUAAGCUGAUGCGCUGGGGUUCUUUCAUUCCUGCAAUCAUGGCUGUCUUCUUCACGUGGAGCGUCAUCAGGAACCGCCACAGUCUCAACAAGUCGGUGCAGAUUCUCGAGUUCAGCACGAAAGUCCUUGCUGCAUCGCCGUAUCUGCUCAUUCAGGGCUUCAUCACGCUCGGGGUUGUCGUCUGCUUCUCGUGGAUCUGGAUGCUCAUGUUCGAGCGAGUCUUCCUUACUGGGACAUUGAGCGCCGCAAAGAAGUACAUCCUCUAUGCAAACAGCUGGUGGCUUGGAGCCUUCUUCGUGCUGCAAUAUCUCUGGACCCUUGGCGUGAUCGCAGGCGUGCAGAGAGCAACUACUGCAGCGACCGUGUCUCAAUGGUACUUUCACCGUCUGGCAGUGCCACAGCCGACGAGUCAAGAAGUUGUUAAGGCUAGCUUCCAGCACGCUAUUGGAGCUCUUUUCGGAACGGUGUGUCUCAGCACCUUUUUGAGCUUGCUUGUCCGUCUUCCACUCAUCAUUCUUCCGGGACGACUGUCGGGCGUUCUCAGCAUGGCCUUUCACUGGAUCAUGCCUGCCAGCGUGGUCACAUUAACCAACCCUCUGACACUCACCCAUGCCGCCAUUCACAGUCAGCCACUUGGGAUCUCCGCACGUGAAAUGAAUCGACUCAAUUUCACCUCGCGGACCAACCCCAGCAACACACUGGGGCCACGCAAUUUCAAUCCUGGUGGACAAAACGGGAGUGCGCUACUGCCAUAUCGCCUUUCCAAGCUCCUGCUGCAAGCCACUCGCUGGAUAAUGUCCUUCGCUUUAGGGUUUGGCGGCUGGGUCCGGGCUGCGCAUAGCAUCAAGCUGGACGGUCCGGGGGGAGGCAUCCGUGGCAGCCUGUACGCCUACAUCAUCGCGCUCAUCGCCGGAACUAUUGGCUUCGCGGUCUUGGGAGCUGUCGAGAAUGUGGUGGGUGCCGUGGUCGAUGCGACUGUCAUUUGCUGGGCAAGUGAGAGCAUGGGUGGCAGAGCCGAAGCGAGGUUCUGUCGCGAGGCUGGUGAGCUUUUCGGCGAGGAGGGCAGAUUGAACCUCGAUGAUCGCAGAGGUAUGGUUUGA